GAUUCGGUACGGUUUAACAGAUUUUCCGGUUUUUUCUUUCACCCUUGCUUCAUGGUGAUGCUGCGCAACUGACAUGCAAGGGAAGGCAAGAAUCGUCCCAUCGUAUUCGCAUCAGAGUCAUCCUCCACACACGGUCACACCCACCCAAAUUUGAUCGUUAACUCUGCAAUUUCUUCUUCUUCUUCUUCUUAUUUCUUCCUAACCCUCGACUAAGAUAUCUGUGCAAAACUCGUAGAUCCUCAGCAAUCGAGUUUAAUGUGAGGCCCACGAUCGAGCGCUCUUAAUCAUCGCCGACUUAAGAAUACCAUCUCCGAUUCAUGGCGGCGAAGGACUCCGUGCCGUUAGGGGUUCCGUACAAGAACCUUAAGAUAGUGGCGGAAGUGGAAAUGGUGGAAGCGGACGAGUCCCCCUCCCCCAACCACCUGAUCGACCUUAAUUCUCCUCCUCCUUCUUCGGCUUCUCCUCCUCCCAGAGAUAAUCACAGUAGCUUGAUGACUCUGAUUCUCAGUUGUACGAUCGCCGCUGGGGUCCAAUUCGGCUGGGCCUUACAGCUCUCGCUUUUAACUCCUUACAUUCAGACGCUGGGAAUUGAACAUGCAUUUUCUUCUUUCAUUUGGCUAUGUGGUCCAAUCACAGGUCUUGUGGUUCAACCGUGUGUUGGUAUUUGGAGUGAUAAAUGCACUUCUAAAUAUGGAAGAAGAAGGCCAUUUAUUCUUAUAGGAUCUCUCAUGAUCUCAGCAGCCGUGAUAUUAAUCGGGUUUUCUGCAGACAUUGGAUAUUUAUUAGGUGAUACCAAGGAGCAUUGCAGCACAUACAAAGGUACCCGAAUGAGGGCAGCUAUUGUAUUUAUUAUUGGUUUUUGGAUGCUAGAUCUUGCCAACAAUACAGUGCAGGGACCAGCUCGUGCACUUCUGGCUGAUCUAUCAGGCCCUGAUCAACGUAAUUCAUCAAAUGCUGUAUUCUGCUCGUGGAUGGCUGUUGGAAACAUCCUGGGAUUCUCUGCUGGUGCUAGUGGAAAUUGGCACAGAUGGUUUCCAUUUCUGACAAGUAAAGCUUGCUGUGAAGCCUGUGCAAAUCUCAAAGCAGCAUUUCUUGUUGCGGUGGUUUUCCUGACACUUUGCUCACUUGUGACUCUUUAUUUUGCGAAGGAGGUUCCACUUAGUGUGAAUCGUCCCCACCAUCUAACUGAUACACUGCCUUUGUUGGAUGACAUACAACAAAAUGGUCUGGACAUGUCAAAGUCAAAGUCUUCUCUGCCAAUUGCUAACAAUGGGAGAGAUAACAACACUGCAGGUGAUUAUGAAAGGGAUGUAAACCUAACACAGUUAAACUCUAAAGUUGAGGAUCAUCACAAUGAAAGCUUUAGUGAUGGCCCUGGAGCUGUGUUAGUCAAUCUGUUGACCAGUUUAAGGCAUUUACCGCUCACAAUGCAUUCAGUGCUUAUUGUUAUGGCUCUAACUUGGUUGUCCUGGUUCCCCUUCUUUCUUUUUGAUACUGAUUGGAUGGGGAGGGAAGUUUAUCAUGGAGAUCCAAAAGGAGAUCUUUCUGAUGCACAGAGGUAUAAUCAAGGUGUAAGAGAAGGUGCAUUCGGUUUGCUAUUGAAUUCAGUUGUUCUUGGCAUCAGUUCUUUUCUUAUUGAACCCAUGUGUCAGUGGAUUGGUGCAAGACUGGUAUGGGCGAUGAGCAAUUUUAUUGUAUUUGCUUGCAUGGCAGGCACAGCUAUCAUUAGUUUGGUAUCCAUCCGGGAAUAUUCUGAAGGGGUUCAACAUGUAAUUGGUGGGAGUGCAGCAAUCAGGAUUGCUGCCUUGGUUUUAUUUGCUCUUCUUGGCUUUCCUCUUGCUAUUACCUACAGUGUUCCAUUUUCUGUCACAGCAGAGCUGACUGCUGAUUCAGGUGGUGGCCAAGGGCUGGCUAUAGGAGUUCUGAAUCUUGCAAUAGUUGUUCCUCAGAUGAUCGUAUCACUUGGCGCGGGGCCAUGGGAUGCUUUAUUUGGAGGAGGAAACAUUCCUGCUUUUGUUUUGGCUUCCAUCUCUGGCUUUGCGGCUGGUGUUAUUGCAAUCCGCAGACUGCCAAAUCUUUCCAGUAGCUCUUACAAGUCGUCCGGUUUCCAUUUGGGUUAAUGACUGAUGCGGCAUCAUCAAGGUGACAACCAACCUGUAUAGGAUUUUUACCAGUGCCCACAACAACACGCUUAGUGGUUAACUUUCAGGGGGAUGCCUCUGCCAUUUUGCAUGCGUAUCAUAUUCUACUCUGAUGAACUAAACGCUCUCCAUGUCAAAUUCAUUCAUUUUUGUAAUGAAAAUUUUGAUGCGGUUUACAUUGGAAGAUAUAAUUGCUUAUUUGUUUUAUUCACUUUUUCUUUUAAGAAAUCCCAAUUAUCAUCUUGCUGCA